AUGGCCAAGAUCAAAUCUUUAGAUGUUAUUACUGUCGCAAUAAUUUUGUUGUUGGUGAUUGCAGAUCAAGCAACUGCAAUUACUGUUCAAGCCGAUUGUAUUGGACCGUGCAAUGACGAUUGCCAGCAGCUUUGCAAGUCGAAAGGUUACACAGACUGGACUUGUGCAUCAUUUAGAACCAAGUCGAGUUGUUGUUGCAAACCACCGAGACAUCAAAUCUUUGAACAAAAUGCUCAAUUGAACAACUAA